GAAAAGGGGUUGUAUCACCAUGAUAAAGACCAGUAUAGCCGAAUUGCUCGUCAGGGAGGAAAGGGUUUAUAUUUUGCUAAAUCCGGCACGGAGAAUGAGACUUGGGUACCGUUGCUUGAGAAGGCAUACGCUAAGCUACAUGGAGAUUAUUCGUCACUCAAUGGGGGUCAAAGUGGAGAGGCAGCGGAGGACUUAACUGGUGGUGUGUCUUCGAAGAUUCAUGUCAAUGACAUUCUGGAUAUCGACUGGUUUUGGACCCAUGAGCUUAUGCGUGUCAACGAGGACCGUUUGUUCUCAUGUUCAAUAUACAAUUUGCAGAAAGUUGGAGUGGAGCCUCCCUCAGAGACUAUCAGCGCGCACGCGUAUUCGAUUCUGAAGGCUGUGGAGUACCGUGGGAAGCGCUUCCUGAGGAUAAGGAAUCCAUGGGGUGACUCCGAAUGGACCGGUCGUUGGGCAGAUGGAAGUAAGGAGUGGACCUCCGAAUGGCUGAAUGCUCUUGGAGUUCUAGGGCAUGAGUUUGGCGAUGAUGGGGCCUUUAUCAUGGAAUAUGAGGACUUCCUCGAAACUUGGACUAUGGUGCAUAGAACCAAAUUGUUUGAUCCGACGUGGAUUGUGUCAUCUUUGUGGAUCAAAACCUUUGUUCGGCCGCCGCUUUCGGCUUGGGAUUUUGGAGAUGUAUCAUUCACCUUCACGCUUCCCAGCAGCUCGGCGGUUGUAAUUGUUUUGUCUCAACUCGACAAACGAUAUUUUGAAGCAGUCGCUGGGAUGUAUCACUGGUCGUUGGACUUCAGGCUCUACAAAAAAGGUAGCAGCGAUCUUCUGGCCACGUCCUCCCAUUCUACGUUUUACAGUCGGAGCGUUAAUACCGAGUUGACACUCGAGGGUGGCGAGUACGUCGUCCACGUACGGGCGGGUCGGUUUGAGACCGGUAGACCCAAGGACUAUGUUGCAUCGCGGUGUCCGUCCUGGAACAUUCGUAAGUUUUCAAGUGUAAUGAGCAAAGCAGCUAUCAGCGAGUCUAUUGCGUCAAGUGACUGUUUAAGCGUCAAGGAUCAUAUCCUUCCUCGCCCAGUGGAACUUUUUGCUGGCCGGGACCUGCACGAAAUUGAGAUUGAUAGCCAUGCCCGCCUGACGGCGAAACGCAAGGCAAGUGAACCGCCACUGCGCACUCCUUUACCAAAUGGUGCCGCCAAUAUCUACUCCCUCAAUGUCCCAUUUGGGCCCGAACCAAUGCCUUCUGGCUUCGUGGAGCCAGGGUCGGAGCCAGUUAUCGUGAACGGCCCUGAUUCCGAGCCAGCUACUCCGGUUGUUCCGAGUACCGGGUCCGAAACGUUCGAGGUCCCCGCUGCCUCGCCUAUCAUUAAUCGGGUGAUUCAUGAUGAAUAUGCGCCCCCUAUGACCACAACUCCUCCAGGGGUGCCAGACUUGAAACUGACAUUGGAUCUUGAUUCACCGACUGGGCGAACUGCUGAUUCAAAGCGCCAAAAUUCGACACCACGGACCGCUAUCAAGCCCGCGACACCCGAUUCAGCAGUUGCACCUCCGACGAGGAAAAACCUUUGCCACCGCAAGGUCCUGAAAUUCACGAAGGAUUCCUAUGUGACGGAUGUGGGGUACGUUGCUCAUACGGUUGAGAGGCGUAGUAACUCCAUACGUUCAACUCCCGAAACACAGAUGAACCCAAUCGUGGGCGCCCGUUACAAGUGCCUGGAGAUCAGCUGCCCCAACUAUGAUCUUUGUAGCAACUGCAAGACUGAGAAUAUCCACUUCAGUGGGACGCACACAAUGCUGAUGGUUCCAUCACCGAAGGAUGCGGUGCUUCUGGAAACGUAUGUCGAGGUGAGUUCUCAUCACUAUUCAAAGAUGGAAUGUCCCAGCACGAUCCGUGGUCAGCUGCGCCAUGGACAG